CACGUCCUUCCCGUGGUGCAUAGCGAACCCAAAUUGAACGUUCGGCGAAAGUAAAAAAAUAAAUUGUGUUUUGUAUGCUGUCUUUUAAGAGUAACACGCUCAAAUUAUAUAUUUUCAACUGGACUUGACAACACCGAGGAAAACCGUUUAGCCACGCACAACUGGAAGGGUGUAUUGGGCUACGGCGUCAUGGACCAGGACUAUGAAUGCAGGCUGCUUAGGCAGAUCAACAUUCAAAAUGAGAAUGCAAGCCCCAUAAAAGCUGUAGGAGCAGUGCGAGCUAUGACACCCACCAGCUCCCCCCUGUCCUCCCCUAGCAAGCAUGGCGACCGCUUCAUUCCCUCCCGGGCAGGAGCCAACUGGAGUGUCAACUUCCACCGCAUCAAUGAAAUUGAAAAGUCGCACAAUCAAAAUAGGAAAACCAAAGACGGCACAACAGACACCAACAAAGCGGAUGGUCUGGCUUACUCAGCUCUGCUGAAAAAUGAACUGCUAGGAGCAGGCAUCGAGAAAGUCCAGGACCCCCAGUCAGAAGACCGCCGUCUGCAGCCAUCUACUCCUGCAAAAAGAAGCCUUUUUAGUUAUUCUGUAAGUACAAAGAGGACUCUGCCAGAGGAAGAUGGAAACACCGUCUCCCCGUAUUCCCUAUCACCUGUCAGUAGUAACAGCCAGAAACUGUUGCGGUCACCAAGAAAACCUACACGGAAAAUUUCCAAAAUUCCUUUUAAAGUCCUAGAUGCUCCAGAACUUCAGGAUGACUUCUACCUCAACUUAGUGGACUGGUCCUCCCUUAAUGUGCUCAGUGUUGGACUGGGUACCUGUGUCUACCUGUGGAGUGCCUGUACCAGUCAGGUGACCCGCCUAUGUGACCUUUCUGUCGAAGGAGAUUCAGUAACUUCAGUGGGCUGGUCAGAGAGGGGUAACCUGGUGGCAGUGGGGACCCAUAAAGGCUAUGUACAGAUCUGGGACGCAGCAGCAGGGAAGAAACUUUCUGUAUUAGAAGGACACACAGCCAGAGUGGGUGCGUUGGCAUGGAAUGCAGACCAGCUGUCGUCUGGGAGCCGUGAUAGGGUGAUCCUACAGAGGGACAUCAGAGCCCCGCCUCUCCAGUCAGAACGACGGCUACAAGGACACAGACAGGAAGUCUGUGGGCUCAAAUGGAGUACAGACCAUCAGUUGCUAGCCUCAGGGGGAAAUGAUAACAAGCUGCUUGUGUGGAACCACUCGAGCGUACUUCCAGUGCAGCAGUACACUGAGCACUUAGCUGCAGUGAAGGCUAUCGCCUGGUCUCCCCAUCAACACGGCCUAUUGGCCUCUGGAGGUGGCACUGCAGACCGAUGCAUCCGCUUCUGGAACACUCUGACAGGACAACCCCUGCAGUGCACAGACACCGGCUCCCAGGUCUGCAACCUGGCCUGGUCCAAGCACACGAAUGAACUGGUCAGCACACAUGGGUAUUCCCAGAACCAGAUCCUGGUGUGGAAGUAUCCCUCCCUCACUCAAGUGGCCAAACUUACUGGACAUUCCUACAGAGUACUCUACCUGGCUAUGUCCCCUGAUGGAGAAGCCAUUGUGACGGGGGCAGGAGAUGAAACACUUCGGUUUUGGAACGUCUUUAGCAAGAUGAGAUCCACAAAGGAGUCGGUGUCUGUGCUGAACCUCUUCACAAGGAUCCGGUAGUCAAACACACCUCUGUACUACUGGGUAACAGAGACAGGAAGGGAAAUAAUCUCUGCAUGCAUCAAGUCCACGCUAUAAAAUGGGCCCCGUCUUCAAGUAUUCACCUGGGUAGUCUACAGAGGGCCCUUAGUCAUUUAGCCAAGUUGUAGCUGGAGGUGGAGGAGAUGGUGACCUUCACACGCUGAGUGUGGAAAGGAUAUAAAAACAGUAUUGCACCUCCUUCUGAAAGAUCAAGCCACUGCCUCCACUAACAGACCAGUGAUCUCUGAAUAAAAGGAGUCAUUUGGGGCGAUUUCUCCCCAUGUGAUUAUGUUUUUGUUUACAGACUGACUUUGUGCAUACUUGCCAAAUAUUAAGUUUGUCCUUUUGAUUGUCUAUUUAUUUAAUUUUUUUUUUUUUUUUUUUUUUUUUACACAUUUUUAACAGUCUUUCUAGUGUGUUUAUUUCAGUGGCUUGUAGAUUUCCUUUUGUGUGUGUGUGUGUUAAUUGCAUUUUUGGUUUGAUCUGUGGAGUAUGUUCAGUUUUGUUGAUGAGGUUUGCAGAAAAAUCUGAGCUUGUGUUUUUGUAUUUUGCGCAAAUAUUUCAUUUCCACUGAUGAGAUGUAAGCUGUUAAUUGCGAACGAGGAUUUGACCAACAGGCUUGAUCUACUUUUCCUUAAAUCUGACAUCAAGCUAUUUUUAGUUAAAUAAUUGUGAGAAGUAUUGGAAAACUUUGAUUUGUAAUCUCUCAAGAGUAAACCAAUGUAUAUGGCACAUCUUAACAGAAUAGAUUUUUAAUAGUGUCGCUCAGUUACAGCAGCUACGUCUUAGAAUCGACAACAAGAAAAGGAAAGUCAUGUUUCAUUUCGGUUUUUUACAUAGAAAAUCAAGCAACAAAAACACUUUUGACGAAUCAGUGUAGUUUGUAACCAACUGAAGCACAAAUAAGAACAUUUAAGAUUAACACGGCGUUAGUGCUUGUAUUCUGCUACUUCAGAAUUUUUUUUUUAUCUGAACAAAGAAGUUUCCAUAUCUUUUGCAUUUUUUCCACCUACUUUAAUUUUUUUCUCCUUGGUUUGAAUGUUCAGUCAACAAAUGUGCCACAUUUAAACGGAUGCUAUUUAUUUGUUGAAAGGUUCUUGUACAGAAAAAAGUAUGUUUGUUUUUCUGAAGGAAGCUAAAAGUGGAUUUCACCACUAGACUUUGUGGAAUUUUCUUUUAAUACCACUUCUGAAAACUAAAGUAAUGCUGCCAACUUGAAUAACAGAAGAAUGUUAAAAAAAAAAAAAAAAGAAAAGAUUAAUAUUUCUGUACUGAGAGGAUCAACAAUUAAACAACCAUGUCUUGUACAUAGUUUGGCUGUCUU